GAGGAGCGAGGGGAGCGAGCAGAGCGGAGGGAGCGCGGCCUCGGCCCGGCGCGGAGGCUCCGCGGGCCGGCGGUUCCGAGCUCGCCGGCCGGCAGCGGUGGCGCCCGCAGAGCGGCUGGACAGGCCCCGUCGCGCCAUGCCUGCGGGCUGAGCGCCGCCGCCGCAGGGCCUCGUCCCGCCUCGCGUGGGGGCCAGGCGCGCCCAGGCCGGGGCCCCGGCGGCCGACCAUGGUGCUGCCUCCCCCGGACCGGCGCCACGUGUGCCUGACCACGCUGGUGAUCAUGGGCAGCAUGGCGGUCAUGGACGCGUACCUGGUGGAGCAGAGCCAGGGCCCGCGCAAGAUCGGGGUGUGCAUCAUCGUGCUGGUGGGCGACGUGUGCUUCCUGCUGGUGCUGCGCUACGUGGCCGUGUGGGUGGGCGCCGAGGUGCGCACGGCCAAGCGCGGCUACGCCAUGAUCCUCUGGUUCCUCUACAUCUUCGUGCUGGAGAUCAAGCUCUACUUCAUCUUCCAGAACUACAAGGCGGCGCGGCGGGGCGCGGCCGACCCGGUGGCGCGCAAAGCGCUGACGCUGCUGCUGUCGGUGUGCGUGCCCGGCCUCUUCCUGCUGCUCGUGGCGCUCGACCGCAUGGAGUACGUGCGCACGUUCCGCAAGCGCGAGGACCUGCGCGGCCGCCUCUUCUGGGUGGCGCUGGACCUGCUGGACCUGCUGGACAUGCAGGCCAACCUGUGGGAGCCGCCGCGCACCGGGCUGCCGCUGUGGGCCGAGGGCCUCACCUUCUUCUACUGCUACAUGCUGCUGCUCGUGCUGCCCUGCGUGGCGCUCAGCGAGGUCAGCAUGCAGGGCGAGCACAUCGCGCCGCAGAAGAUGAUGCUCUACCCCGUGCUCAGCCUCGCCACCGUCAACGUGGUGGCCGUGCUGGCGCGGGCCGCCAACAUGGCGCUCUUCCGCGACAGCCGCGUCUCGGCCAUCUUCGUGGGCAAGAACGUGGUGGCGCUGGCCACCAAGGCCUGCACGUUCCUGGAGUACCGCCGCCAGGUGCGCGACUUCCCGCCGCCCGCGCUCGCGCUGGAGCUGCAGCCGCCGCCGCCGCAGCGCAACUCGGCGCCGCCGCCGCCGCCGCCGCAGCCGCUGCACGGCCCGCCCGGCCGCCCCCACGGGCCCUCGCCCACGCGCGACGCCCUGGGCACGUGACGCGGCCCGCGCGGCCGGCCCGCGACGGGGUGGGGGCGCGCGCCCCACGGGGCCCGGGGGCCGCGGCCGCUUCUUCAUCUCAGGAAUCCCCCGGACCGCGGGCUCGCAGCCCCGCUCCGCCAGCGCGUGGGCCGCUGUGUGCUGGGCCUGGGGGCGGGGGAAGAGAGGACAGAGCGGUCUGAGGUCCGGUCCCUUGGGGUCCCGUGGGUGGGGGGCUCUGGCUCAGAGUUGGGGCCAGGGAGGCCUCUGUCAUUUUAAAGACUCGUGUUUACAGUUUUGUAUCCAAA